AGUGUACCGUAGUUUGCCAACCAAGAGCCAACUCGGUGUUGAUCUGAAUUAAACUUUUGUGCAUGGUGCGGCAAAACGCCGAAAAUAAUAAGAAUAUCGUCGUUUUUAAAACUGUGUUAGUGCGAGUUUUUUUGUUAUAAAAGUGAAAAAUGUGGAUGCCAUCAACCCAGUGGAGAUGGCGCGAGAAUGCAUUUAUUAGAUUCCGAUAGACUUCGAAAGUUGCAAAUGCAUUUUUCAAGAUGCGUUGCGUUUUGCAAUAAAUUUUUAUAAGAAUCUGAUAUUGUUGUGUUAUAAAAAUAUUCAGUGUACAUUAAAAAUGAAGACGCGCCUUUGUUUGGUAGACGUAACGCUGUGGUGUUUCGUGCUGUAUCUGACGUGGCACGUGCCCUUUAUCGAGAUGAGGGUAGACGACUUGGAGCAGCCUGCACUCAAGUACAGAGAGCAGCCACCGGCGUCAACAGAGAAGCCGGAGCCGCCGAAGCAGGAGCUGAAGCACGGCAAGUGUUUCCACAUGCCGCGCUCUCGUUGUCCACCAGAGGGCGUCAAGUGCACACGCGUCGACCCAGUCUCCGUGUUCUGUUGCGAUGUUGACAGCUUCCGCCUCAAGGAGGCACUCGCGAUUGUUAUGACUCAGAACACCACGAACCUUCAUGUGUUGAACGCGAACAUCGAGGAGCUGGACGUCUCGCAGGCGGUGUUCCGGCGGCUCUCCUCCAUGGCCUUUACCGAUGGCAACAUUGGAAAGAUUGUCGGUCAGUUCCCGAAGCACUCCCCGAUCGCGUGCCUCAACAUCUCUAACAACAACCUAACAAGCGCUAAGCUACAGCCUCCAAUACAGCGUCCGUACGCCUACCUGUUCAACCUCACGAUGCUGGACGCCUCCGCUAACAACCUUACCGAGUUCCCGCUCAGCCUCGUGCACAGCAACCGCAAGAUCUCCGUUGACUUCUCUGGUAACAACUACCUGCCGUGCAAGCACUUCCAGAAGGCGAUGGAGACGAACAACAGUUCGCUGGUGACGUUCGUGAACUACGAGCGCACUUUCUGCGCUCUCGACCUGCGCUUCAACUGGUUCAAGGACGUGCAGAUCGUGCAGAUCGACCACCUGCGGGUACAGAAGGAGCUGAACGCCAGCUGUCGGAACAUAAAACCAGCGAACAUCAACUGCACUUGCGUUCCCGAACGUCUGGAACUGCUGGGCGACGAGGUCACCAACUUGGUGGCUGUGGACUGCUCCCAGCGACAUCUCAAGGAGAUGCCCACUGACCUGCCCCCCAACACCGUUAAACUCAAUGUGUCAUACAACAACAUAACAUCACUGCAACCGGUGAGCGACGAUCCGUCGUACGAACAUUUGAGGCAACUGAUCGUGGACUACAAUGAUAUAGUCAAUAUUGUGGAGCUGGAGGGCACCAAGUUCAUCGAUAACUUCAUGUACUUCUCCAUCAGCCACAACAAACUUAAAACCAUACAUACAUACGUGCUGUCGAACAAGUUCGAUAUGACGGGCAUUUACACCACGUUCUCGAUCGGCGGCAACUACAUACACUGUGACUGCAAUACGGAGAAGGUGCUCAAGCCGUGGUUGCUGGAGAACUUCAAGAACAUCCCGGACUACAAGAGUCUGGAGUGCGAAGGUGGGGGGGCGGUGGCAGAGCUCCUGGAAGCCGACGUGUGCCACUCCCCGAGGGACUGGACGGACUACAUCUACUACGUGAUCGGGCUGGAGGUUCUGGUGCUAGUCCUUCUGGUGGCCAAGGUUUCGUACGACUACUGGGUGUUCAAGAGUGCAGGUUACUUACCCUGGCCCGCAAAUAAAAUGCCGCGGCUACCUUGUGACUGGCUCUGCGAGUGACAGAGAGAACAAUAUGCUCCUGACCUCUUCGCUCGGGUACGUGCAAUCUACGUUUAUUGCGACAUUCAUUUAUGCUAACAUUAAAAAAAACCUCUAUCGUGCUAGUAGAUUAGGAAUGUGAACUUUGGUGCUUUUGACGUCCAAUUAUAUUUGAGACAUUAUUUUUUUAUAAUUAUUAUAAAUGUAAAUUAAAGGAAAUUAUAAAUGGGAGGGAGAGAUUAUUAUAUACAAUAAAUAAUAAAAUUAUACACAGAGAUGUUCUAUAAUUAUCUUGUUUUUAAUACAAAAUAUAUCUGCCUACUGUUCUCCAUGCGCGGGAACACAUUCACCUUUUUCUCAUCACCUAAUACAUGGUCUGUGUAUUAAAUUAUAAUAAAUAAAUAAAGAUAACAUAUUAACUGUUUGUUUAUGUAUAUCUUAUAGAAUGUGUUUGUAAUUAUAUGGAAAGGAUUUCUUGUAGUAUACAGGGUUAUUUUGCAAUAACCGGCCAAAUUUAGAGAGAAGUUUCAGAAUAAGUAAUAUAGGCAAAUUGUGAAAAAAAAAUUACUCUCAAAUAUUCUGUAUUUUUAUCUGUAUUUUUGAAAAUGCGUGGUAAUACAUUAUUUUAACUGAUUUUCAUUCAUAAAUAUCUAACGCCUACAAUGUUACUACGCACGCACACGUACGGGUCGAUCGGUCGGCAAUGACGUUGUGAAUUGAAUCGCACACAGAGCAGCGCGUGCGCUUAGUUGUUUCCCAUAAACCACAUUCGAUUUGGGAUAUUUUCAAAUAAAAAUAGAAGCCUUGUUUACUAGUAUUUUCAAAUACAAUAGUAUAUAUUUGAACUUAACUUUAUAAUUUGGCUACUUGUUGAAAAAUAAGCCUGUAUACGGAAACAUUGUUUGGAGUACUUGGGCGAGGAGAAAAAAACGGGGAGUAGAAUAUUGUAGGACAAGAAUAAUGCUGUCAUUUUUGUGGAAUUUUUUUUCCUAAAUAAAUAAAAAAAUAAAGAAAUUUGACAGAACCAGAGUACCCUUAUAAUUACAGAAAUAGAUCCUAUUUCUUAAUGAUUGAUGAGUAAAUGUCACGUUUAGUUUGUUUUAAUAAACAUUUUAUGCCAAUCACGUCGCCAUAGAAGUAAUACUUAGGAUUUUUUCUAUACUUGUUAGCUUAGUCAUAAUGUUUAAAAUAAUUCAUAUUUGGAUUAAGUUUAUAUUAAUUUGUAUGCCAAAUAACUGGCCAGGAGUUUGAUUCAGGGAAUUUACUUAUGAUAGAUCUUUGUUAGACAACUUAUUGUUUUAAAUCAAAUGUUUGUUAUUUUUGAUAUGAUUAUUACUAAAAAAAUUAUUAAAUAUUAAUUUACUUGUUGUUUGUUAUCAAUUUAUUGUUGGUAGGACUUCUUAUCUGGAGGACUAAGGUUUGUAAAGGCAGCUUUGUACCAACUGCUGACCUAUGUAUUUCUGCCUUUUGGCAGUGGGUAUGGAGGACAGGUAUAAUUACAUAAGGCAUUCCGUCUUAGUCCUCCGGGGUCACAACACAUCAGCCUUCUUUGUUUGAAAUUGGCUGCAUGUGUCCAUGGUCAUCUGUAAGUUCGUGUGUCACUACAAUCAUAAUAAAACAAAAUAAUGUAUUCAAGUAUAUAUAUUUUGUGUAAAAUUAUUUUAGGAAUCUCUUCAUUGGACGCGAUAUAUAAUGUUUAAAUUAUAUUUUCAUAAUUGUAUGAUAAUUUUUUUAUGAAUCAAAAUAUUUAAUAAUAAUUUAACCAAUAUUGUAUAUAUUUAAAUAGGUUUAAUUUUGAAAUAACGUGCUAUUUCAGAAUCCAUAAGAAUUCAUAAUGUUUUAGUUAAUUUCACAUAAGUAGAAAAGAACUGUUGUAGUAUUUAAGAUAAAAACAUAAAGAGGCUUAAAUUUAAAUAAAUUAUGUAUGUCAAGGCUACUGCCUCGUUUGCAAAAUAAUUGUUUACAAGUUGCAAUGCCAAGCUGUGCCAUAGUUCAUUUUGGCUGAAAAGAAUUUUAUUUUGUCUGUUAGUUGUGGGCUUGUUUAAAAGUGGAAACAUUUUUUGUAUAUAAUUGCAAUGAAGACUGUAUAUUUUGUAUGUUUCAUAAUAUUUGAUUUUGAAUAAGUAAAGAACGUAUAAAUU